UUUUUUUUUUUUACUGCUGCUAAAUAUUAGAAUUUAGAUUAGAUGUGCAGAACAGGAAAAUCAUUAUGAAUUUCGUAGUCCAUGAGGCUAGUGAUUCUUUUUACUAAUUACGUGUACUCAGGUGACCGAAAAGGCCUGUGGACCUCUUGUUGAAUUAUCAACAUACUCAUUCUCAACUUCAGUUGCUUAGAUUGGUAACUGUCGACUGCUGAUGUAUAGGUCAUGGGUUCCAAUCUAGCAGGGGUUUUCAUCCCCCCUUCCAAAUUACUUUCUGAUAAAAAACAAAAACCCACCAAAAACAUUUUUAGCUACUGGCAAAUAAGGUAAAUUGAAACCUUUCAAAAUAUCUUUUACUUUCCAUCCAAAUGAGAAUUCCAUAGGGUGUUACAUGUACUCUGCCUUAAUUUUUAAUAAAAGCAAAUCAGAAGUAAUGGUUUACAAGCUGUGCAAUAGGCUAUUGAAUGCAAAUAAAUUAGACACCGCCAGACAUGACAAAAACACCUGGCCAACGUUUACACGCUUGUCAAAGUUGUCGUUCUUACAAAUUCCAGAUUAAAAUGGCCGCGUACACACCGUGCAGGUGUGCCAGGUAGAAUAAAAUCGGAUUUAUUGUUUAUAGAUGAUUCCAAUUCUAAACAAUAUGAAUUUCGUUUACGUGGUCGCCUUUCUGUGGGUUGGAUUUCCCAUUUGUACGGCUCUUCUAUGUUCCCAGUGCUAUUCAAUGACAGUUAGAAAUCACACCAACAUGGAAAGAUGGUUCCAUUCCAUGGUACCCAAUCUUUACGAUCCUCAGUGCGGCAUUGCGUACCAUAACACGCGAUCGCGAACCACUACCCCGGUGCCACAAAUUCGUAACCAGCAGCCCGUUCUGCCCACUUCCUGUCAAAUCAGUGCAGUAGCUGGGACUAAUACGGAAAUCCGAUGUGGCUUUUACACAGGAUACAUUGAAACAGUUACUCACAAUGGAGUGGGUAUAGCAUCUUUGAACAUUUUCUCCAUGACCUGUUUCAACGUGGACGUAAAUGUAGAGUGGGCAUGCAAAUUUAGAGAGUUUCCAGUUCCAGGAGAUAAUCUACAUUUUAACCGUAUUCUACAAAACAAAUUCUCCAAUUUAGUGACCCUCACCAGGUUUGUCGGCAGUGUUUGUUACUGUCGUCGAUCAGACUGUACCGAUGUCAUCAAUGGCAGCUCCCAAUCAAAAGCGCAAACUCUUGUCACUUCUCUUUUAGUCUUUUUCUUACUCCUUUUCAGGAGAAUAUUUUAAAAACUAUACUUUUUUCUAAAGCUGCUCAUUUAAAACUUUUUAUUCAGGGACUUUAGAUUUGCUUAUUUGAAAUGUUAAUUAAUGAAAUAAUCUCUCGGUGUACUAUUUUCUAUUACACACUGUACUUCCAUCAUCAUAAAAAAUUGCUGCCCAUGAAGCAAAGAUGGAGUUUAUUCCAAAGUUACUGAAUUUAAAUAAGCAUUUCUAAAGUCCUAGAACAGUAUUGUCUAUCUAUGCCACAAUGUGAAUUUUUAUUUUUAUGAGAAAGUGUAUAUGUAAUUCUACAAUAUAUGUUGUAGCACAAUUCUGAGACCAAAACACGUCCGUACUUUGCGCUUCCGUCAUUUUUUGGUGUUUUACACAAAGUAAUAAGAGCCAUAAUUAAGCUUUAAAAACUUUUGACAUAUUCAAGAAAUAUUAGCAGCAGAAGUGUAUCGUAAGUGUCAUCUAGUUCAUACAUUUAGAUUAUGAGGGAACUCCCUGGGAAAAAUCCAUGUGGAUAAACCCAAAUUUUCCCCAGCGAGCUACAGUUCUGCACUAGAGAAAGUGCAUAUGAAACCAUUGUAUGGAUAAGAUAUAUUACUUUUGAGCAAGCCUUGAACAUGUAUGUGCCAUUAAUAUUUGGUCAGUAGACCUUUAAGAUGUUUCUAUGGCAUUAUAAUAGUGUUUUCUAUAUGAUUUUAACAGGAAUCUCUGGAUGUUUUAUUGUUUCAAGAGUAUAGUUAUACAAAUCAUACAUGAAGUUCAUAGAUGUCGUAUAUAUCAUUAUGCUUCACAUAUUCAUUGUAACACAGUCAUUGUUAUAUAUGCAGUUUAUAUUGAAUAUUUACAUGAAAUAAAAAAUAUUUUUUCUUUUUGAA